CCCUAGCUAUCAUCAUCAUCAUCAUCAUCAGUGUGUGGAUGGGAGAGUCCCUCCUCAGUCCUCACAGCUCGCGUCUUUGUGUUAAGCCCCCUCAGACUCCGCAGUCUCUUCUACUCUCCGCACGUGAAGAUUUGAUGCCAGAUUCUGAAUCAGUGACACAUCCGUCAGACAGACACAAUGACAGCCGCCAACGCUCCGCGAGACAGGUAUAAUGCUGUAUGGAUCAUAUUCUUCAUUCUGGGCCUGGGAACUCUGCUGCCAUGGAAUUUCUUCAUGACUGCUACCAUGUACUUUACCAGCCGUCUGAAAAACGGAGAACACAAUCUGACAGCCAAUGUGACGGUGGCGAUAGACAAUCGUAACGUCUUCGAGUCAAAGUUCAACAACGUGAUGACGCUGUGUGCCAUGGUACCGCUGCUGAUUUUCACCUGCCUCAACUCCUUCAUUCAUCAGAGACUCUUUGAAAAUGUGAUGGCUCAAUUAAAACCUGAUUUCAAAACGUUCGGGGCGAUUCUGCAAGGGAGUCUGUUUGGUUUGGCUGGGAUGCUCCCAGCGUCCUACACCACGCCCAUCAUGAGCGGACAAGGCCUGGCAGGGACGUUUGCAGCCUUCUCCAUGAUCUGUGCGCUCGCCUCGGGCUCAGCGUUACAGGACAGUGCGUUCGGUUACUUCAUCACUGCCUGUGUGGUUAUUCUCCUGGCCAUCGUUUCUUACUUCGCUCUGCCUAAAAUGGAGUUUUUCCAGUAUUAUUCUGAGAGCAAUGGCUCCCGAUCCAGCUCUGAUGAGGAAAACAAGAUGGAUUUGCUGAAGCCAGAAGGUCAUGCAGAGAAGAGGCCGGUCCUGAGCCUGACUGAUGAAGAGAGCAGACCCGCCGUGUCAGUGUUUGGCAUCUUCAAACAGAUCUGGGUGAUGGCUCUUUCAGUGUGCUUUGUUUUCACCAUCACCAUUGGCGUCUUCCCAGCUGUCACUGUUGAUGUCAAGACCACUGUUGUUGAAGAGGGGAACGGUUGGAAUACUUAUUUCAUCCCGGUGUCCUGCUUCCUCCUGUUUAACUUAAUGGACUGGGCCGGCAGGAGCCUGACUGCUGUUUGUAUGUGGCCCGGUAAAGACAGCAUCUGGCUGCCCAUCCUGGUCAUCGCACGCUUGGUGUUCGUUCCUCUCUUCAUGCUCUGUAACGUUCAGCCCAGACACUACCUGCCCAUGGUGUUCUCUCACGACGCCUGGUACAUCGUUUUCAUGAUCCUCUUCUCCUUCAGCAACGGAUACCUGGCCAGCCUCUGCAUGUGCUUCGGACCAAAGAAAGUGUCCCAACACGAAGCAGAGACCGCAGGGGCCAUCAUGGCCUUCUUCCUCUCUCUUGGCUUGGCUGUGGGAGCCGCGUUAUCCUUCGCUUUCCGGGCCAUGAUCUAGAACCGUGGCCUAGUUCUCCGUAUGAUGAAGAAGAGGAACUUUAACCCCAGAUAUACACAGAGCCAGAGAGAAUGUUUUCAUACUGCACAUGUAUCCGCUUGCCUGUUUGUCCCUCUUGUGUGUUUUCUUGAAGAAGUGGAACUGGAAUAGACAGUAUUCACACAGGGAUUCAAAGAGGGACCAUCUUCA